AUGAUAGAUCUUGACAAUGAUAUUUUAAAUUGCCUUGAAUGUAUAACAGAACGUACUUCUUUUCAUUCUGUUCCACAAAAUUUAAUUGGAUUCGAUGAAUCUAUUACAUAUUUAAAUAAUAUAUUGAAUGAUUCAGUUCAGGAGAAAAAGAGUAAUAUCGUUCUGGUGACUGGUGCCAGUUCGAGUGUUGAGCAAAUGAUGUGUGUAUUUAAAAGUAUUGUAACGAUACCGGAAACUACCGACUAUUCGAAAGAAUGGAAUGUAAAAAUCAAUGAACUGUUUGAAGAUCAAGAAUUGAUAGAGAAUCUUAAUGAUUAUUUCGAUAUAAAUCAAAGUUUUCCAAAUCUUUUUAAAUUAAUAAUUCAAAGUUUAUAUAAUAUAGAUAAUGAUAGUAGAUUUUUAACAAAGCCAAUGAUAUUGGAGAGUAUCAAACAGAGUAAGAGAACUUGGUUACACGAUACUCUGAUGAUAUCGGAAUCCUUGGGAAAGCUAUCGUGUCUCGCUGGAAUUCAAACUCUAUUGAAAUACCGACUGAUCAAACAAGAAGGUACCAACUUUGGUGAGUUCAUUCAGUUCCGUCUAACACUUAUCGAUUUCCAAGAGUGUGAAACAGUGGUUAAAUCUAGAUCAGAUUGUCCAAACUCACUAAAGAACUAUAUUUGCUCAUGGUUACAAUAA